AGAAAUGCUUCGACUAGGUGUGCUCUGUAUAGCAGUGGUAGCAGUUCUUGGCAAAACGCCAAAUGAGAAAUUGAAGCAAUGCUGUUCUACUUUGAAGGAAGCUGACAAAGAGUGUGUCGAAAAAUUCUGCGACUUCAACGCAAUUUCACAGACAAACAUUCUAAGUUUCCUCUCCAAAUGCUCUGAUCGUGGACCUACCCUUGGAAACAUGUGGGAUUGCGUGUCUCUUCGUCACGAUCAUACCGAAUGCUGCAAGGCAAAGGGUGUUGAAGGAAAGUGCCUCGAGUAUUGCUCUGCCCAUGAUGGAGUUCCAACCAACUACCUCGACUAUCUCUUCUGUACUGAAUCUUUCAAUGAGAUCAGAGAUUGCUUCAAGGAACACCUUGACAAGAACCCCGCUUUCAAGAAGGGAUAAGUCAUCCAUUGUGUUUUAUUAGCUAUUUAUUGUUUAUAUUAAUA